AUGAUCCAAAAUCAACCAACUCUUCGGGAAAUGAUCCAAAAUCAACCAACUCUGCGGAAAAAUGACCUAAAAUUGACCAACUUUUCGGAAAAUGCUCCAAAAUCAACCAACUCUUCAGAAAAUGAUCCAAAAUCUACUCCGAAAUCGACCAACUUUUUGGGAAAUGCUCCAAAAUCAACCAGCUCUUCGGGAAAUGAUCUAAAAUCGACCAACUCUUCGGGAAAUGCUCCAAAAUCGACCAACUUUUCGGGAAAUGAUCCAAAAUUUGCUCCAAAAUCGACCAACUAUUCAGCAGUUGCUCCAAAAUCGACCAAUUCUUCAGCAAAUGAUCCAAAAUUUGCUCCAAAAUCGGCCAACUCUUCAGCAGUUGCUCCAAAAUCAACCAGCUCUUCGGGAACUGAUCCAAAAUCAACUCCAAAAUCGACCAGCUCUUCAGCAGGAGCUCCAAAUUUGACCAACUUUGAACUAAAAUCAUCCAACUUUUCUGGAACUUCCCCAAAAUCGACAAAUGAUGAACCAAGAAAGACUUUUACCUCGAUCAGUUCUUCUUUUCCUGAUGAUGAUUGUGACAGUUUCUACGGAAGUGACAAAGAGAAUGAUGAGCUUCUGGUUUUCUCCGAAGAUGAUGAUGUCGCUGCUGGUGCUUCUCAGGAUGAUUUGUCCAGUUCUGAUGUUGAUGAUGGUGAUGGUGCAGUGGUGAUGGGCAGGUUGAUUGAGAGACAGAUGUUGGAGUCGAGAAUCUCAUCGGACAACCAAGAAUCCAAACCGAGUCCCAAGAAAGUCGAACCCAUGCAACUAGAUGACACCACCAGUUUGGACGAUUCGGCUUCCACGUCCACUUUGGGUUCUCCUCAGAAGACGGACGACAUCAGAUUCAAACAGAUGCCGAAUGUGGAGCCACCGGUGAUAGUAGAAUCAUCACAAUCGGUUCAGGAGGUGUUCAAAAAAUGUUCUCCGAAGCCUCAAACCCCAAAGGACGGCGAGAAGAGGAAGUUUGAUUUUCCGGAUGGUGAGACUACGACGAGGGUGCAGGUCGUGGCUGUUUCGCCCAAAACUGUAUCUACAGGUACAAUAACCACCAAAAUCCCAAAAAGCCCCCUAACAUCCCCCAAAACCCCCAAAUCGCCCAAACCAAUCCCAAAAUCCCCCAAAACAACCCUCAAAACCCAAAAAUCCACCUUACCACCAACCACAUCAUCCCCAUCCUCCCCAGCACCAUCAAAAAUCCCCAAACCCACAACCAUAACCACCGAAUCACCUACAUCAACCCCCAAACUAAUCCCAAAGACCACCAAGAACCUAGACCCGGACAUAUCCUACGAAAGGGCCGCAAGGGCCAUGUUGAAACGUAUGGACGGAGUAUCGAUGACCCUCAGAGGUUUGGAGGGUUUAAAAGACCCUGCUGCCAGACUGGAGGUUCUAAGGACUGAGAUAGGGUCCUUGGCCAGCGAUGCUGCAACUUUGAUCAGUAAAGGGGAUAAUUUGGUGCUUAGGGCCGAGCCUGGGGUCGCUGAGAGGCUGAAGGUCGAGUGUCAGGAUCGGUUGAGGGAGAAAUGGGCCAAGGUUAUGUCCGAAGCAGAGACCAGAAAGUCCCAAACUCUACAGGCCGAAGAGAACCUCUUCAACUACAACCGACUUUUGUUCGAAUUGUCCCAAUUUAUUGACACAAUCAGCGACAGGAUGGACCUGGCCAAUAAUCACGACGCCGAUACGAAGGCCCUUCAGGCCGAAUUUUCUGGCCGGUUUAAGGAUUUGAAGAAAUUGAACGGAUUGGCCACAGAACUCAAAAUCAGGAGAAUUGGUUACGACGACAAAACAAGACAAACAAUCAACGAAAAAUGGUCUCAGGUUGCAGGCAAAUGCCGCCUGACAGGUAACACAGGCGACAAGAAAAUGGAAGGGUUCACACUGUCGAGCAAUUCGAGCAACUUCCAGGCAGAACAGGUUGAUCCUAUCGACUUCAUCUCAAGAGCUACAAAGACAUCCGAAGUGGUUCAAGGGGUCCUUAAGCAAUUCGAAGCGAACCCUUUGAAUGGUAAGGACUUUGAAGAAAUCGAGGAACAAGGUGCUUCUUUGGGGAUUAUCAAAAGGGCCAUCGAUGAUCUGCAACCAUUGAUGGAGGAGAUUGAACAGGACAGGGAAUCUUUGAGAACCGGUGGAAAUCGUGAGAAUUACGACCAAGUACGAAGUGUUACGAAGAGACUGAGGGAAGAAUGGCAAAAGCUGAAUGCUAACUAUGAUGCGAAAAACAAAAAAUAUGUCAAGAAUGUGGAAUUUUGGAAAAAACUCAACGAUGAUUGGUCGGAAUUGACCAAUUGGCUGGACGGAGCCGAGACUAUAUUUGAAGGGUGUGGAGGUCCAGAGUCCAGUGGCCUCCGAGAACUGGAGCGCCAGAUGAAGCAGAAGCACCGCGUCAUGGGCGCCUUCUCCGCCUCCUGCAGGGACGCCCUGCGCAGGAGCGGCCCGGACGAGGGCGCCCGGGUCGAGGAGAUGCUCGACGGAGUGAAGCAGCGCUGGCAGAAACUUUUGGCUGGAAUGAGCUGUAGUGGUGACGAGAAGAAGAGUCCUCGUGCUUCCGAGUUCAAUCCAUCGGCGUCUUCUUCUCCUCUGCCGAAUAAAGACGGUGUGGCAGUAGAGUCCUUUGAUGCAACCGCCAUCAGGGAGUCUUUGGCCCAAGGAAGGGCUUUGCUGGUGGCGCCGCCACCGAAUCCUUCGGACGAUACGGCGUUGGCUGUAAGGUUGAGCGCUGUUAAGACUCGCCUAGAAGACCUCAAGGGCAAAAUCAAUGAAAUGGACCAAUUGAAGCAGAGUUCCAAACCUUUACCGCUAUCUGCCGAGUGCUUCGAUCAACUCCUAACAGAUUUAGAAAAGACAACUUCGGAACUGACCAAUCAGCGUCACCAGUCUGCACAAGCCCUAAAUUCCCUUCAAAGACAAAGUGCCCAAUUAGACGCUGCAAGGGCUUGGGUUUGCGAAUUAAAGACCAGGAUUAACAUUAGUAAGACUAUGCAAGACCCUAAGGACCGGGAAAGGGUCAUCGAUGGAAUAAUGAAUUCCGCACACGAGCGCUCCAACUUGGUGACGGACGCUUUGGGCAACUUUGCGAAUCUGGAACGUCAGUGCAGUCUGCAGCAGGCUAGCAAAUCUACGAACCAGCCAGGAGGCGACCCAGUUUGUUCUGAACUUCGAGAAAAGGUCGAAGGGCUUAGGAAGGACUGGGAAUGGGUCUUGGCACGAGGUGAAGGGGAUGAAGACGGCGGUAAAGAUCUCUCCACCAGUACAACAAGAACAGAGAGCGAAGUCGCUUCAUCAAAUAUUCAAACCACUAGUCCUCAAGAAGCAAAGACGCAGUACCAAGUGGUUAAAAUCAAAGCUGGAAAAACGGCUGUGCCAUCUAGUGUUAUUGUCGGGAAUUUCGACAAAUCUAUUCAACAAAUUCGCGAUUUUUGACGCUGGAGCAAGGAAUGCGCGCCAGCAGACUGUGGUAGUCGGAGAUACUGUGGAGAUAAUGUUUUAAGAGAACUGGAACAGAAGAAACCGCAAUUAGACGAAUUGGUGCACACGGCAGAAAAUUUGAAGGCGGACAGCAACAGGCAGCAGCUGCAUGGAAAAG